UCAAACCACUGGCCGCCAUUUCUCCACCCUCGUCAACGGCUCUCGACGCACUCCGCACAGGUGGUGUCCGGUUUGCCCCGACUCAGUCCUCUUCUGACUCGCCAUGUCUGGCCUGCUGCUGCUCCGCCCUUCCCUCCUCCGCCAACAAGUCGUCCUGCUCUUGAAGCCUGGAGGUCGCCUCAACCACUCAGAACGACCACGCCACCGAGUCCUGUCGCCCACGGAAUCGGCUGUCGGAAUUGUGGUGUUCUUUACGGCCUUUUACACCCCAGCUGCAUAUGUGCUGAGCAAUCUGAAGGAGUUCAAAAGAGUGUAGGUGCAAGAUGACUGUGAGCAGCACCUCAGGUCCAAAAUGCUUUCGUUAAAAGCCACGGCCCCUUUGCAGGAGAAAAAUUGCUUAGUUGAACCUGUUGUGAAUACUCAGUUUUAUAACUGCACCCCUCCCCUCCCCUGCAACUGUGAAUUAAAUGGAUGACAGACAUUAUCUUCAUAAGUGUUAAGUAAAAUGGAAACAUUUGCUUUGCCUGGUA